CGCAGAAAUCAAUGCUGUAAAUGUCAAAGCAUGCGCUCGCGAGGGUGAGAAAAGUACUCGACGUACGCAGUGCGAGGAAAUAAAUAUCGUGGUGCAUCAGGUGCAUUUCGGCAAUCAAAGUAUUCAAACCGACGCCGACGGCAGGAAACGAGCACCUGCCUGUUCGCGUGUGUCAUGGAUUAAAAAAGCUCGUAUAUCCGAACCCGAAGUCGUUGGUCUCUCGGAACUCUCUUCUUUCAUCGCCGAUUUUUCUUUUUUUCCCGACAAUAUGGACGAGAAUCUGAGUCGAGGAUAUGUUCAGCUGGGAAAGGCCAGAGGCAUGAAUGAGUUUAAAUUCUCCAAUGGAUUCACCCAUCUCUCACCGCCCAUUGACAAAUACAACUGCAUUUACAUAGCUCUGAUAAUCGGCGGCAUAGGUUUUCUUCUGCCUUACAACAGUUUCAUUAUAGCAGUGGAUUAUUUUCAAGCUAGAUACCCAGGGACUACUGUGAUAUUCGAUAUGUCUAUGGUUUACAUCAUUAUGGCUUUCUUUGCAGUAUUUGCAAACAAUAUUCUAGUUGAGACCUUGUCACUGAACACACGAAUUACAUUUGGAUAUCUGGUAUCCUUCGUUACUUUGAACUUUGUAGUGAUCUGUGAAAUUUGGUGGGAACUUUUUGGCGUUGCAACUUCUUAUACUAUCAAUUUGGUUGCUGUCGCUAUAGUAUCGCUCGGUUGUACAGUUCAGCAAUCAAGUUUUUACGGAUAUACAUCAAUGCUUCCUAGUCGAUACACCCAAGCUGUGAUGACUGGAGAAAGUAUCGCUGGUUUUUGGGUGUCAAUAAAUCGGAUACUAACAAAAUCUCUACUUAAUGAUGAACGUGGCAAUACAUCUCUGUUUUUUAUCACUUCAAAUUUGACGAUCUUGUUAUGUUUUGUGUUACAUCAAGUAAUACGAAAGACUGAUUUUGUGCAAUUUUACAUAACUCUAUGUCAGGAAAGAAAUCGAAUUACGUUAGAACCAACAGAGGAUGUCGGCCUUAUGGAUCCAUUAGAUCAAGUGGGCGAUCCCUUAAAAGGUCAAUAUGGAGUAUUGAAGAUUCAAACGAGUCCAUUGGGAACAGAAUCUGCGAGUGGAAGUAAUGAUUUGAAUGCCGGGCAGUAUUCUGCUUUCUCGUUCAGCAAUCCAGUGUAUGAGCCUAGUGCUCCUUCGGGCAAUCCACCCGGUAGCGCUGGACCAACUUACAAAGUUGAAGAUGUCGUAGUUAUGAGAGGAGUCUACGGAACACAAAGCACAAGUACGCCAUGGUCCGGCAUAAAAAGAGGUUUACUCGCAAGACUCGAAGUCGCCAAAUUGAUCCUCCCUUAUAUGGCUAGCAUUGGUGCUGCUUAUUUCGUAACUCUUUGCCUCUAUCCAGGAAUUAUAUCGGAAAUAAUAUCUUGUAAAUUUGAAUCAUGGAUGCCAGUUAUUUUGAUGACCGCCUUUAAUGCUUCUGAUUUACUCGGAAAGGUAUUUGCUGUGAUACCUUAUGAAUGGAAACGAACACAUCUGCUUUAUUUCUCUAGCGCACGGAUCAUACUUAUUCCUCUAUUUUUGCUUUGUGCAAUUCCGCGUGGUGCUCCUAUUCUCUCAAGUGAGGGAUAUCCGCUCUUAUUCUCUUGGUUACUUGGCCUUACAAAUGGUAUAGUUGGUUCCAUACCUAUGAUUCAAGCAUCUAGUAAAGUACCGGAAGAACAUCGAGAACUUGCAGGUAAUAUUAUGACCUUAUCGUACAUUACUGGUUUGACUAUUGGAUCUCUGUUGGCAUAUAUGAUGGAUGCUUGUCUUGGACCACCUGUGCAAGCCAAGGAUGUAUGUUUGAAGAUGGCAAAGGUUCAAGCUGAUCAAACUUCGACACCUUCGAUACUUGCUAACGUAACUGCGAGCAUUCUAACGACCGCAAUAUCUUCCACUUCACCUGUCGUUGAAGGAACAACGACGGUAUCAAAGCCGAAAACUACCGAUAAUGUACUAACCACGAUUCUGAUGUCAACGUUAUUAUUGUCGAACAGCACCGUGAGUUUAGUGAGCGAAGGAGGAUUAUUGAAUGCGUCAACGACGGCCUUACCGAAGAUCUUAGCUAAUGCUUCGGCGAGCAACGCAAUCUUGCAACAUUAG